AAGCAGCAGACAGCAGACAAUUCGACAACAGCACUUGUGUUGUAGGAAUUUUGAUAGGUUAUGUGUUUCUUGGAAAGAGGUUUUAGCAAUUAUUUUGUGUUAAUAUUCUAGUAAUUUUAAUAACUGAUUGUGAUUUGUUUGUUUCCUCUGAUUGUUACUUUUUAUAACAACAUAGAUGCUUCAUUUCGGUUAUGUGUGAACUAUUUGGAUUGAUUUGAACCUCUGUUUUGUAUUGUGCUGAAUUUUUGGUUUCAGCUCUAUAGUAAUUUUUAAAUUCAAAUUAACUUUUAGAAGAUGCCGAUCGAUAAAAUCUGCUGCAUAGGGGCCGGAUACGUGGGAGGUCCGACCUGCAGUGUUAUAGCCCUGAAAUGUCCCAACAUCCAAGUAACUGUAGUCGACAAGUGCAAGGAACGCAUUGAGCAGUGGAAUUCGAACAAGCUGCCAAUUUACGAGCCUGGACUUGAUGAGGUUGUGGCCAAAUGUAGGGGUAAGAAUUUAUUCUUCUCCAAUGACAUAGAAACCAGCAUUAAAGAGGCAGACCUUAUCUUCAUAUCAGUCAAUACGCCAACAAAGACCUUUGGAAAUGGAAAGGGUCGAGCAGCUGACUUGAAGUACGUGGAAAGUGCGGCCAGGAUAAUCGCCGAGGUGGCUACUGGAAAUAAAAUCGUAGUGGAGAAGAGUACUGUACCGGUGAGGGCCGCCGAGAGUAUUAUGACAAUUCUGAGGGCCAAUCACAAGCCUGGAGUCAGCUAUCAGAUACUAUCGAACCCAGAGUUCCUAUCGGAGGGCACGGCUAUUGACAACCUGCUGAACGCAGAUCGUGUCCUGAUUGGCGGAGAGGAGACGGAGGCGGGGCUAGCAGCUGUGGAGGAGCUGUGCUGGGUCUACGAACACUGGAUUCCGCGCAACAACAUCCUCACAACCAACACCUGGUCUUCGGAGCUCUCUAAAUUGGCAGCUAAUGCAUUCCUCGCUCAAAGGAUAUCCAGUAUUAACUCUUUGUCGGCGGUGUGCGAGGCGACUGGAGCCGACGUCUCAGAAGUGGCUAGAGCUGUCGGUAGGGACUCUCGUAUUGGUUCCAAGUUUUUGCAAGCUUCAGUUGGUUUUGGUGGUAGCUGUUUCCAAAAAGAUAUUCUAAAUCUUGUGUACAUCUGUGAAUGUUUGAAUCUACCUGAAGUGGCAGCUUAUUGGCAACAGGUUAUCGAUAUCAACGAAUACCAGAAAUCACGGUUCUCGUCGAAGGUGAUCAGGUCUCUGUUCAACACGGUGACCGAUAAGAAGAUAGCGAUGCUGGGCUUCGCAUUCAAGAAGGACACGGGCGACACGAGGGAAUCGCCCGCCAUACAUGUGGCCAAGACUCUGCUCGACGAAGGAGCCAAACUGCACAUCUAUGACCCCAAGGUGGACAAAUCGCAAAUAAGGAAAGAGCUGACGCAUCCCAGUGUGAGUGAAGACCCCGAUGCAACGAUGAAGGCAGUGGCCAUGUUCGGCGAUGCCUACUCGGCCACAGCUGGCACCCACGCCAUUGUUAUUUGCACCGAAUGGGAUGAGUUUAUUACGCUAAACUACCAUAGGAUCUAUGACGGUAUGAUGAAGCCUGCUUAUAUUUUCGAUGGAAGGAACAUUCUCGAUCAUGACAAGCUAUCGAAGAUAGGCUUUGAGGUGCACACUAUUGGCAAGAGAAUGAUAAGGGCUGGCAUCAAGCGACCUUGGGGAAGUCCCUAUCAAAUGUAAAAAAUUGGCAACGACUAUACUAUCAUUCCUUGACAUCUACUGCCAUAUUCUAUGAUUACAACAUUUCAUACAUUACUGAUUGUCCGAUUUUGGCUGAAUGACAGUUUUGAACUCAUCGUAAUUAAUUUGUCUAUCGACUAAGCUUUAAUAUUAUUUAUUUUAAGAGAGUUUUAAAUGCAUGUAUUUGUGAGAGUGGUUAAAGUGACAUCAUUUUAUCUAUAGUAUUAUUAUAUUGUACUCUAGCUAUGGAUUUUUGUUAUAGUAUUGUAAGGCCAUCACAAAUCAUCCACACAAAAAAAUUAAAUUUAUAAUGAGCGUCCAAUUGCAGAUAUUUAUUUUUAAAUGUUAUGAAAUUUUAUAAUUAUAUGCUAACUACUUCAAUGUAAGUCAUUAUACUAAGACAAUUAAACUAUGUUGGAAAAUUAGGUAUAUUGGAACCUUUGCAGCUUUGCAUUUUUAUCAAAUUUACUAUUUAACUAUAUACUAUCACAAAGCUAUGAAAUUCCCUUCUCAAAUUAUAUGUUUAUUAAUGUUUGUGUGAAAUUUCAUUGGACAUAUUUUUAAAUACAAGUUACUUAGUCAAUUUGAUAUUAUUAUUAUUCUAUUGUACUGUUUUAAAAUAUUAUUGUUGUAAUUUUCGUUCAAGUUUGUUUUAGAUGAUCUUUCUAUCUCUGAAUGCUUACAUGGUUUGAUUACUGAAGAUUUAUUGAUUUGUUACUUACCUAUUAACAGUAAGAAGUAUUUAAAAUAAUUUUUUUUCUAACCUUCAAAAGUACAGAAAUUUUUAACUCUAUUAUUAUUAAACGAAAAUCCAAAUUAAAUGCUGUAAUUCACCCGAAGACUUCUGCUACUGAAAAUAUUGACAACAAUGUAAACAGCUAUAUGGAAAUUCGAUGAGCGCUACUAUUCAAAAAUGUAGCUGUUUACCCUGUUGUCAAUAUUUGCAGUAGCAGAAGUCUUCGGGGUGAAUUACAGCAUUUAAUUUGGAUUCUCGUUUAAUAAUAAUAAUCCAUUCAUUAGCAUUUGAAUAAUUGCAAUAUCUCAGUAAUUUCCAUCUGAACAACAAAAUGUUCUCAUUUAAAUUCUAUAGAGAUCUAGUGUCUCAUUCCCAAAUAGAUGAUUUCGGCAAUUCAAUGUACUUUUCAUUCAGAUAUCAGCACAAAUAGAUAUUAUUAAUUCAUAAAUUUGAUAUUACUAUGUUGUUUAGUUACAUUACUUCUUCUUCUUUGACUCUCCCCACUAUGCCUUGACAGCGUUGGGGUAGCCUCGACCCACUUCUUCCACACCCGUCUGCCCAUCGCCAUCCUUCUCAUCUCCCUCUUCUCCUUCCAAUCUCCUCAAUUCUGUCCUCAUAUGAGUACCUCGGUCGUCUCCGCUGCACUCUCACGUUCACAAACUGUUCCUCUUUUCAACUGUCAUCCAUCCGCUAUGCAAGUCCAUACCAUUUAAGCUGCCUCAUUUCAAUCCUCUCACAUCUCUCAUGCCAACUUCCUCUCUUAUUCUGGUGUUUCGGAUUCUAUCCCUUUUUGUCUUCCCCAAUGUUUUUCUGUGACUUUUCAUUUCCACCGUUCUUAUUUUUACUUUCCUU